AAGCCUUUACCAUCGAAAUAUCUCGAAAUCUAAGAUAAAUAGGAAAAAGAAGUCUAUAAGUAUCCAAAUAUACUUUAACAACUUAACACACAUCUCCAUUACCUAGCAAAACAUCUAAAAAAUUUGCAGGAAGGAUAUUUCUACCGGUUCCAAAGAGCUAAUUGAUCCAAAAAACCAACACAGCAUUGAAAUAAAUAAUAGUGUGUAUAAAUACUGAGAAUGAAGAACCCAUACCUCAUGGAGCCCCUCCUAUAUGUAACCCUCUUCCGGACCUAUUUCCUUCCGGCGCCAUUACAUCUGGUUCCAUCCGGUCAAUGAUGAGCAUUGAACGCCCUGAUGCGUAUCCGAACGUUAUUCCACUAGGACUGGAGCCGUAGAAAAAUAAUUGUUACAUGUUCAGUUGACUUUUAAAGUUGGAAUUAAACGAAUCAACUUGUUUAAUCCAACAUCACUGUGGCUAUGAUUAUUUGUUUAAUCCUCAACUGUCUUUUUUAUCAAUCAUUUUUUAUCCUUUAAUUAUGAAGUGCCACCAAAAUAACAAGAUUAACUGGAUAAUCUAAUUAACAUCCAAUUAAUUAAAUAAUAAAUCAAUUAUUUUUAAAGUGUUUUUUAACUUCCAACAUGAAGCUUCACAAAAGAACAGUGUUUAGAGCCUUUAUGUGCUCAUCAAAUGUUUUAUUCACGAUAUCGGGAUUUGUUUUAAUGUCUUUAGGAGUUAUAUUGUUGAUCGACAGUGAUCGGAUAUUGAUGUCAAGAUUACUUGGUCCUGAUGAAUCUCAGCUAAAUCAACCUUUAUUUUAUUACCUGGCAUUUGGCUUUGUAGGAUUAGGAUUUAUUAUUGUUAUUACUGGACUAUUUGGAUGUUGGUUAUCAUGUUCAUCUCACUGUUGUGUUACUGGUUUGUACAUAACAGCUUUGAUACUUUUAUUGCUAAGUGAAUUCACAUUGUGUGCUGUGGCAGUGUUUUGGCCAGACUUGAUAGGCGUUGAUGUCCAUUCAACGCGUCUAGUUCGUGCUCUUCAACGCAAUUACGGCUUACCUGGUCGUGAGCAAUUUACUGCUGCCUUGGACCUGGCUCAAACAACCUAUUCAUGCUGUGGGAUCAAUGGAAGUAAUAAUUAUGGAACAUCUUGGUGGCGUUUGCAAGAAAUUGGACGACGUGAUUUAAUUGUACCACUUACCUGUUGUGUUCUUAAUAGUACAGGAAGUGACAGUUUUCUCAACCCUGUGGCCAAGGAUCUUGAAGCAUGCCAGGCACUUAAUCCAGCUAGGCAUCAGCAUGCUCGACAUACUCAGGGUUGCUUGGAACUUAUUGAAGAUUGGGUUCAAACACAGCUGUUGAUAUUAUUGACGAUUGGUUUGUCAUUGAUGUUCUUUGAGAUCUGCGUUCUCUCAUCGUCUUUGCUAGCAUGUAGAAAUAGGAAGAAAGCUUCGAAGAAGAAGAAUACAAGUGGAUUGUCAUCUUUUACUUCAACACAGGCAUUGACUCCUCAUUCACAGUUUACUGAUACUGAUUAUGACUUUGAAACUGGAUUGGAUAAAAAUCCACGUAUGAACAUCGCAACGAUCAGUAGGAAAGCAUGAAAAUGGCACGAGGGCAGCGAAAGGAGUGAAAUUCUGAAGAGUGUGAGUGAUAACAAUGGUGGAUCUAGUGUUGAUCAUUCUAAUAUAAUUUCUACAAGUCAACAAAAUUUGUCAAAACAUGUCAAACAGUCUAAAAGUCAAUAUUCUAUGGAUAAAAUACCACCAGAGCUUCAAGGAGACAAUCAGAGGAAUUCAUUCAUCAGAGACAAUUAUCGAUUUUCAUUCUCAAAAGCUGGAAAGGGAAAUAAAUCUGAUCAAGUCUCAGUCUUACAGAUAUCUACAUCUCCAUACCAUCAGCUUUGCUCACCUAAUUCAGAGUUUCACUCCACUAGUCGGAGGAUUAAAAGGAAUAAAUAUCACUUUAAAGGGAGUUUUCCUCAUACUAGAGACUCAAAAAAAUGUCGGAGUUCAAAUAUUGAUUAUCUAGAUCUCAUAACAUCUCCAUCAUUGGUAUCAAGGAGUGUCAGGAGUGUUAAUAGGUCAUCAAUAAAAGGUCAAACGUGUUCUAAAAAUGGUAAAGUAAGUCGAAUAAUAUCAGCUUUUGAAGAGAAUGCUCGAAGUUCUUCUAAAAAACGAACUAAGAAUAAAAACAAAAAUCGAUUGAUUGGUGUACCUUUAAUUGGAAUGCACAAUACAUGUGGGCUUCCUGUGAUUACUCAAUGGUCUGACAAACAUUUAAAUUCCCUUCAGGUGUCAAGUGAUGUUGUUAAACGGCUAGGAUCCAAUGGAUUAGUUGAUGGAAUUAACAGGACUAUCAUAAAACAUCAUUUGAAAAAUUCUUUCAAAGAUCCAGCACGAAAAUCAAUGAUCCUAGUGAAGUUGAUGAACGAAAAUAGCUCUAAAAGAAGAAAUAAUAAUCCUAAUUAUAAAAAAUGCAUCAACUGUUCAUCAAUGCCGAGUAGUAGUCAGUUAUCAUCAAACAGCACCAAGCAGCAUUCUCAGUCUUCUAGAAGAUUGGAGGAGGAUAAAACAUCUUCUGAAACUAAAAAGUCUUAUUUAGAUUUAACAAGACAUGAGAAAUCUGUAAAACGAGCUACACUUUAUGCUAGAAAUGACAGUAGUGAAGCAAUAAAUGCAUUGACUAGUCUUUGUUUAAAUCCCAUGGCAAGAAGUGAAAAUGCUUCUAACAUGAUAUGGUAGAUUUAAUAAUUAAUUUAUGAGUUUCGUUGCCCUCGAGCUUUUUUUUUUAUAUUCUUUUAUACUAUUAUGUCACUAUUAUUAUUGAAAUAAAUUUUUUACCUUCGUUUGAUGAGUUGGAAUUAUUUCCAGGUUGAAACAUCAGUAUUUAAAUCUACACAAGCUGUAUCUUGUGCUGGCUAUACACAUGACAUAGUAUUUAUUAGCAUCACAAAUUUUAGUUUUUGUCGAAUUAUUCCUGCUAAUGUAGAACAUCCAGCAUGUAAUUGGUAGGUCCAGGUUUGAUUCCAGGUCUCGACAACCAAAUAAAUGAAUAAAAAAUUAUUCUGGGCUGGUUGUGGAGUCAUUUACAUUGGCACUUUACUCCAAUUCUUCAAUAAAAAAAAUUAAAAUAAUAAAUGAACCAUAGAAGGCGCUCAAAGCAGCAAGCUUUGACCAGCACUCAAUUAAACACCCGUUAGAAACAUCUCUAUUUCAUGAACAAUAGUUAGAUUAUCCCAAUUACAUCAUUUAGCUGAGGUACAAAUUGAAUAUUGGCUGUUCAGUAUGACAUCAUUGCACCGAUAAAACCACUAGCACACUUGAGAGACCUAGAACUAAUCCUUUCCAAUAUUUACUGAUCAAAGUUAUAAUAAGUACUUUGAUAAAAUUUUCCACUGAUAGCAAUUAAAGUAAUAAUUAA